UUCCACCACUUCCAAAACCCAAUGGCCCUUUACAUUAUUGCCUACUCUUAUUCUCACUUCCUAUAUAUACUCUCACACCUUUGCAUGCAAUUCAUUCCUCACCAAAUACACUUAUUUUGGCCCCUCUCGUCUUCAAAACUUGCUUGCUACUCACCAACCAAAACAUAGGCAUCAUCAUCACUCCUAGCUACUUGAAAAAUGGCAUGUAGGAUACUUAUUGGCCUUCUCUUCAUAUCCUUUUUGGUAGCAUCAUCUGCUAGUAAUAAUUUCAAUCAAUACUUUGAUAUAACAUGGGGUAAUGGCCGUGGCAAAAUCCUCAACAACGGUCAACUUCUUACACUGUCUUUGGACAAAGCCUCUGGCUCUGGAUUUCGUUCCAAAAAUGAAUACUUGUUUGGAAAAAUUGACAUGCAACUAAAGCUUGUGCCUGGUAACUCUGCUGGAACUGUCACAACAUAUUAUCUAUCUUCUCUUGGAGAUUCUCAUGAUGAAAUAGAUUUUGAAUUUCUUGGUAACUUAAGUGGUGAUCCUUAUAUUGUUCAUACAAAUAUUUACGCACAAGGGAAAGGAAACAAAGAACAACAAUUUUAUCUGUGGUUUGAUCCCACCAAGGACUUUCACACCUAUUCCAUUCUUUGGAAUCCUCAAAGCAUCAUAUUUUCUGUGGAUGGGACUCCAUUAAGAGAAUUCAAGAAUUUUGAAUCAAAGGGUAUUCCUUUUCCAAAAAGCCAAGCAAUGAGUGUAUAUUCAAGCCUGUGGGAUGCUGAUAAUUGGGCCACAAGAGGAGGCCUGGUGAAAACAGAUUGGGGCCAAGCUCCAUUCACUGCUUCAUAUGGAAACUUCAACAUUCAAGCUUGUGUUUGGACUUCUUCUUCAGGCUCAUCUUGCUCUUCCAAAACUACAUCUUCAAGUAAUCAAUCAUGGUUGAAACAGUCUUUGGAUUCAACCGGACAUGCUAGGAUUCAAUGGGUGCAAAAGAACUAUAUGAUUUACAAUUAUUGUACUGAUACUAAACGUUUUCCUCAAGGUCUCCCACCUGAAUGCUCACUUGCUUGAACAUAAAACUAUAUAUAUAAAAAGAAUGUAAGAUAUAUAUUUUAUAUACUCAGUUUAUAUUUUA